AUGGCAGUGGCGAUUUCGGGCUUGCAGGGAUGGCAUCCGGGCGAAGUUGCUAUGCAGACGAAACUGGGCUUCGCCGAAGCAAUGAGUUCCACAUGGCAAAAGAUUGAAGACAGAAUGCGCGAACAACAUCGCAUUUUCCACACAUCGAAUUUACCAUUUAUUCCAAUCACAACUCUCGACGAUGAAGGACGCCCGUGGGCUUCCAUCGUUGCUGGUGCUGACGGAGAAAUUGGAUUCGUGGAGGGUCCUGAUCUGAAAACACUCGUCGUAAACGCCAGACUCUGGCCAGGAGAGCCGCUGCUAGACACCCUCAAUAAAUGGAUCGACGGAAACGGCCAGAAUUCAACAACUCCAGAGAGAUACUUGACGGCGGGGAUAGGAAUUGAAUUUCCAACACGAAGGCGCAACAAGUUUGCCGGAUACAUACAGGAUGUGAAGCGGACAACGAACAUGGACUUUAGACUAAACUUGCAGGUCAAACAAACUACUGGAAACUGUCCUAAGUACAUCAAUAUCCGCAAGCUUGUUGGCCACACAAAUACCAAGCCAGUUAUUGCAUAUGAAAAGCGACACCUGGCACAGUUUGAAAGACUCCCGAAGGAAGUCAUCGAUUUUAUUACCAGCGCCGAUACAGUAUUUAUCGGGUCGGUUUACAGAUCUGAGCCAGCAACGGCAGCGAAAUUUCCUUCCCAUACCGGAAUGAAUGCGCGUGGUGGACUACCCGGAUUUAUACGCGUUAGUCCAUCAGAUGGACGAUCGAUAAUUUUGCCUGACUACUCAGGAAACAGAUUCAUGUCGAGCCUGGGAAAUGUAGAGUCGAGCGGACAGGUGGGGCUUACUAUUGUCUCGUUCACAACAGGCGACGUGCUCUACCUUACCGGACGAGCAGACAAUCUUGUCGGACCGGCUGCACUUGAGGUGAUGGUUAAGCACGCAAGCAUUACUGUGAUGAAAACAACGGGAUUCAUUUUUGUUCGGGAUGCUCUCCCAGUACGACAACAAUUCGGCACUGAGGUUGAGCGCAGUCCAUACAGUCCGAAAGUCAAAUAUCUGGUAGAGGAGCCAGAAGGCCAAGCAAGUGCGGUUGGAGCGCACAAAGCUAGACUAACAAGCGCAACACAGUUAUCACACGACCUUGCUGUAUUCAGAUUCAAAGUUACCUCAAAAGCUGGGGUCGAGCCGAUUAAAAUUCGACCUGGACAAGCAGUAGCUCUGGAUUUCAUGGACUGGAUCGGACCACCGGCAUAUCAGCACAUGGCCAACUCUGCUCCUGGAUCUGUCAACGAUGAUCGGAUACGAACUUGGACGGUCUCAAGUGCUCAUGAGGAUCGUGACGUAACAUGGUUCGAUAUGACGAUGCGCGAGAUGAAGGGAGGGGCUGUGACGGGAGCAUUAUUCGAUGUCUUGAGAAGGCACCCCUUGAAUCAAUGGGAAAGACCAAUAACGAUUAAUGAAGACGUCAUCGCAGAAGUUGUUGGCGUGACUGGAGAUUUUUUCCUGGGGCCAGAUAACGUCAACAUGCUUUGGGUUGCCGGCGGUAUUGGAAUCACGCCCUUCCUCUCGAUGUUCAGCGCAUUAUCAGAACGCAAGGUAAAAGCCAAUGGCGAUGUUGUACUCGCGCUAUCAACACGAGAACCCGAAAUGAUGCUACGACUUAUCCAAUCUUCCCUUCGUCAUGCUGCUUCGAAAGUUAGAGUACGGAUCGAUCUCUUUACAAGCCAUGAAUAUGUCGACAUGGAGGGUAUUGACCGGAAGAGUGUGCAAAUUAUAUUACACAAGGGCAGAGUUGGGCCAGAUUAUUGGCCCACUGUGGCAAGUGGUAGAGAUGUUUUAAUAUGUGGCCCAGGUGGAUUCGGUGAUGCGGCAAUGGAUGGUCUGAGAGCAGCGGGGGUUCCCGAUGAAAACAUGUUACGGGAAGGAUUUUAUUGA